AUGAGACUCUCUGUAGGGUUGACUGCUUCAGAUCAAGAUGAGACAGAGCAAUUUGGUGAGUGGUUAUUAAAAGUUAGUGAUGGUCUAAUAGGUGACAAUAUGAAUGGUGAAUCUGAGAUAUGUCUUCCAGGAGAUAUUGUUAUUCCUUCUUCGGACCAGGCAUUUGAUGAAUUGGUUCAUUUUUCUUAUCCAAAUAGUUCGAAUAACAUGUCCUCAAAGGAUUAUUUCAAAGCAAGAACUAUACUGGCUCCCGCACUAGACAUCGUUGAAGAGGUCAACAACCAUAUGAUGGAUAUCAUUCCUGGAGGAAAAAAAUUAUAUCUUAGUUCGGAUUCGAUUUGUAUGGAUGAAGGGAAUAUGGAGAGUCAACUAGAUCUCUAUGGUCCUGAAUUACUGAAUAGCAUAAAUUACUCUGGUUUGCCUCCACAUAAAUUAAUACUCAAGGUUGGUGUUCCGGUGAUGUUACUGAGAAAUAUUGACCAAUCCAGUGGUCUUUAUAAUGGUAUAAGGCAACAAGUUAGAAACUUUGGAAAUCAUGUCAUAGAAUGUAAAGUCUUAACGGGCAACAAUGUUGGUCAUAUUGCUAUGAUUCCAAGAAUGAAUAUGGUACCAACAAAUGAAACUGUCCCAGUUAGAUUCCAACGAAGACAGUUUCCCAUAAUAGUAUUGUUUGCCAUGACAAUUAAUAAGUCUCAGGGACAAACUUUAUCUCAUGUUGGAUUAUACUUGUCCAAAUCAGUUUUUACACAUGACCAACUAUAUGUGACACUUUCAAGAAUUAAGAGUAAGAGAGGUUUAAAAAUUUUACUUAUGAAUUACGUAGGAAUAUCUUAA